AUGCGCUUGUUCAGCACAGCAACAGCGCAACCGCGCCCCGAACUCCUGCUUCUCAUCUCGCUCGCCAUCUCUCCCUUGCCACUCCUGGGCCGCUGUCUUGCACCGCCGUCUUUUGAUGGGCACACAUCAGCGGCACGACGAUUCGGGCAGCAACAGCAACAACAAUUCCAACAGCAGGAACCAGUUUUCGAGACCGACGGUCAGCGGGCUGGUGAUUAUGAGCAAGGGAGUGAAGGGGUCGAUGAUGAUGAUGACGACGACGGUUGGGGCGAUUGGCUGAAGGAAAAGUACGUCGUCAGAGACCCGUUUGAUGACGAGUUCGACCAGAUGGUGGAGGAGACGCUGGAGCACUGGCACGUGCCGGGAUUGUCAGUGGCAGUGGUACAUGGAGACUAUACGUUUGCGAAGGGCUACGGCAAAGCCAUCCUCCCGGACGUCCCCGCCACGCCCGAGACGCUCUACUACGUCGGGUCGACGACCAAAUCCUUCACAGCCGCCGCUAUCCUCCUCCUCAUCGAAGACGCGCAACUCCAAGCCAACAACAGCGCCAGCCCGCACACGCUCCCGCCCGACCUCUCUCUCACGACCCCCGUCUCUUCCCUCAUCCGCGACGACUUCGUCCUCCCCGACACCUACGCCACCUCAAAGGCCACGCUCGAAGACCUCCUCACCCACCGCACGGGCAUGCCACGCCACGACCUCUCCCUCCCCGGCGCCACCGGCCCCCGCACCAUCACCCUCCGCGACCACGUCGCCAACCUGCGUCACCUGCCCCUCACCGCCGACCUGCGGUCCGCGUGGCAGUACUGCAACAUGAUGUACCUCGCCCUCGCGCACGUGCUCGAGCAGCUCACGUCCACCACCUGGUCCGAAUUCGUCCGCGCGCGCCUGUGGGCGCCCUUGUCCAUGCCACACACCUACGCCUCGCUCACCGAGGCCCGCGCGCAGGCUCCGCACCUCCUCUCCGCCCCCUACUACUGGCACAACGCGACCGCCUCCUUCGUCCGCGAACCCUACCUCCCCGACGCCGCCGCCCUGACCGGCGCGGGCAACGUCCUCUCCUGCGUCGCCGACUACGCGUCCUACCUCCGCGCGCUGCUCAAGCGCCGGCCGAACCCGUUCGCCAGCCAGGACCCCUUUCGGCAGCUGCGUCGGGCCGCGCGGGCCGUGGUGGCGGAUCCGGCGGACAGCGACGACGAGGAGGAGCGCGGCGGCGGGGCGCAUCCGCCGUGGACGGGGCCGACGCUGUACGGGCUGGGCUGGAUGGCGCAGACGUAUCGGGUUGGGGGGUUGAGGGUGUAUACGCACGACGGCGCGGUGACGGGGUAUGCGGCGAGUAUGGCGUACGCGCCGGAGGCCGGGUGGGGCGUUGCGGUUAUGGCGAAUACGGAGGUUAGGGGGAAUUGGGCGGCGGAGAGGGUGGUGGUGAGGCUGGUCGAGGGGUUGGUCGGGACGCCGGUGGGGGAGCGGUGGGAUGCGCUGGCUGCUUUUGACGGGCAGUGGGAGAAGGGGAGGAAGAAGAGGGCGCGGGCGAGGGAGGAGCUGUAUCCGGGGGCGCCGGGGGGCAGGGGGGAGGAGGGGUGGAUGCCGUUGGGGUUGCCGUUGGAGAGGUAUGCGGGAGUGUAUGUGAAUUGGGGGUAUGGGAAUUUUACGUUUGUGGUCGAGGAGGGGCAUGGGGCGAGUCCGUUUGAAGUUGAUGGUGUGGCAGAUGACGCCACGGCGCACCGGCGGAGGCACCUCCAUGCUUCUGUCAAGGACAAGCUUUGGGCCUUCAAGUUGUGCUUGGAACACGUUUCGGGCGAGUACUUCAUGGCUUGGCAGGGCGCUGUCGAGGAGAUGCCUAACGGGCUGUUUGACGACGAGAUGCCGUUCAAGGCUCGCUUUGAGGUGGGCGUCAGCGGAAAGGUCGAGCGGCUGCAUUUGGCCAUGGAGCCGAAGAUGGGGGAAGACAUGAUUGUUUUCACGAGGGUCGACGAGUGA